AAGUUUGGGAAUGGUUUCCAUGAGAUGCAGGAUUCAUUGUGAGAGCUAAGAGGGAAGGAGAAAGGUGUUGCCUUUGAGCUGAAAAAGAAAAAAAAAAAAAAAGGGAAAAAAUUGGAAUUGGAGGAAUGGGUCUUCGCCUUUUGUUGUUUCUUUUUUUCUACUUGCUCCCUGGAAUAAUAGCGCAAAACACCGAAGAUGUGACCAUCAUAGUUAGGGGUUCUGCUACAAUUGCUGAAACAGAUGAUAACUUUGUCUGUGCUACUCUUGAUUGGUGGCCUCCGGAGAAAUGCAACUAUAAUCAAUGUCCUUGGGGACAAGCUUCUAUUCUAAAUCUGAACUUGAAUCAUCCUAUUCUAUCCAAAGCAAUACAAGCUUUCGGUUCUUUGCGGAUAAGAGUUGGAGGCUCUUUGGAAGACCAAGUUGAUUAUGGCAUAGGAGACUUGGGACAACCCUGCCUUCCAUUUAAAAAGAUGCAAGGUGGCCUUUUUGGUUUUUCUACAGGGUGUUUGAGCAUGAAGAGAUGGGAUGAACUCAAUCUUCUCUUCCAAAAGUCAGGAGCGAUUGUGACAUUUGGUCUGAAUGCACUAAAAGGGAGGAAACAGAUAAGGAAAAGUGUCUGGGGAGGCUCUUGGAAUUAUAGCAAUGCUCGUGACUUCAUUGAAUACACAGUUUCAAAAGGAUAUCGAGUUGAUUCGUGGGAGUUUGGAAAUGAAUUGAGUGGGCAUGGAAUCGGCGCAAGUGUUGAUGCUGAACAAUAUGGGAAAGAUAUUAUUGCUCUCAAAUCCAUUGUCAAUGAGUUAUAUAAGAAUUCAAGUUCAAAACCAUUGAUAUUAGCACCAGGAGGUUUCUUCGAGCAGGAAUGGUAUGCUCAGCUCCUUCAGGUUUCAGGACCUGGUAUUGUUAAUGGUUUGACGCAUCAUAUAUACAAUUUAGGCGGAGGUGAUGAUUCUCGUAUUGCAAGUAAAAUCUUGGAUCCAAAAUAUUUGAGUCAAAUAGCAAAUACAUUCAGAAAUCUCCAACUCACGAUACAGAGGCAUGGCCCAUGGUCUUCCGCUUGGGUCGGCGAAGCUGGUGGUGCUUAUAACAGUGGUAGUCGACUGGUUUCAAAUAAGUUUUUGAACAGUUUCUGGUACAUGGAUCAACUUGGAAUGGCAUCGAAGUAUGAUACAAAGGCAUAUUGCCGACAGACUUUAAUCGGUGGCAACUAUGGUCUCCUCGACACGAAAACUUUCGUGCCAAAUCCUGAUUACUACAGUGCACUACUGUGGCAUCGGCUUAUGGGUAAAGGUGUGCUUUCAGUUGAUAUGAGUGGAUCUCCGUAUUUGCGUGCAUAUGCUCAUUGCAGGAAACAAAAAGUAGGUGUAUCGAUACUGCUGAUCAACCUAAGCAAAUCGACAUGGUUCAGUGUGACUGUCCGAAACGACAUCAAUGUAAAUAUCGCUGAAGGAGGUGGCAUCCACAAGGAUGGAAAUUUUGUCCACGGCCUUAAGAAAACCGUUUCAUGGGUUGGAAGGAAGAUAUUAGAUGGAUCGGCAAAGCGACAAGAGUACCAUCUGACUGCACUGAAUGGCAACUAUCUAAGUCAAACAGUAUUGUUGAAUGGAAGUCCAUUGGAGCUGACUAAAGAUGGAAACAUUCCUAGUCUUCAACCAAUAUUUGUUCCAGCAGACUCACCGGUAUCGGUAGCACCAUUGUCGAUUGUCUUUGUGGUCGCCCCGAACUUUGAGGCUCGAGUAUGUACAUAACUAUUGUGUUGAAUUUUGCGUUGAUAGCAUACAGUUUGAUUUGUGAUACUACAAUAUAAUGUUAAAUGUGUAUUAACAUAUUUAUCAUUGUAAUUUAUUGAUACCAAAACAAAUAAGAUUCAGUAUUACUAUUCAAUUUGCA